AUGUAUCAAAUCGCGGACAAGUACAACGUUCCUGGGCUCAAGGACCUGGUAAUAGAGAAGUUUCGCAGAUCCUGCGGUCACUUCUGGGAUGACGAUCUUUUCCCUGCUGCGGUGCGCCACGUCUUCUCUAGCACACCUUACCACGAUAAAGGCUUACGCGAUCUCGUCAGUGCCACGCUCAGCGAUCAUCUCGACUUGUUGCACAAGCCUGAGAUAGAGGCUUUGGUCGUCGAAUUCAACGAUUUGGCCUACGGUUUGCUGAAGAACAAGUCGGGAGCGGGUUGGCUAUAUAUCAAAAGUGGUAUCUACAUGAGGCAAUAG